AGACAACGCUUCCAACACCGCACCAGAUCUCAUGGAGCUCGGAUUCCUUGCGGAGGAGAAUGACUGUGGGCAGUCGCUACUUCGCCUCGUAAGCCGUGGUUCAGCCAUCAUUGCGGAGCUCCUCCGGCUGUCGAACAAUAUCCCGGGCAUCUUCCUCGGGUCGGCCUUUGUCGAAGACCCCGAGCAGCGCAAGUACCUCGACAUCUUGUUCGACUUUGCGUACCUAAAGAACCCGGAGGAGUUUGAAAACCGCGUCAACAGCGACACGGACCUCCUCGACAUCGAUGACGAGUUCAUUGGAAACCACGAAGACAUCCUGGACCGCUUCUAUCAGUUGUUUGACUCGAUCUACAAAUACAUUCAAGACUUCCUCGCGUUCUGCGACCAACUCGAGAAAGGGUUCUUCAUUCAGCACAACUUGGCCAACAUCCUCCUCAAUACGGACGGGGCUCAACUUCUCUGUGAAGCGUUAUAUCUCUACGGUGUUAUGCUCCUGCUCCUCGACCAGCGCAUCCCCGGCCCCGCGCGCGAGCGCAUGGUAAUCGCGUUUUUCCGAAACAAAGGCGAAUCGGCACUGGAAAACAUCGAUGAAGUGUGCAAGCUGUGCCGUGUGACGGGGUUUCUCCCGGGAAAUCCCAAGCCCGCUCAGUACCCCGAACGGUACUUCAAGCGAUUCGCGCCGCCUGACGAGGUUGUAAGCAUGGUGAUCGGGAAGCUCCAAACCGACGACGUGUACUUGCAAGAACCAGCGUUCCCCCACCGAGACCACCGCAGCACGCGACUGGCGGCCCAAGCUAGUGUCCUGUAUGUUGUGCUGUACUUUGCCCCGGACAUUUUGAUCCAUGAAAAGGCCACGAUGCGCGAAAUUGUCGACCGCCACUUCAACGACAACUUUAUCAUCACGACAUACAUGGGCAAUGUCGCUGACUUGUCGCUGGAAUGGGCGCCGUAUCCCGCCGCACGGACGGCGCUCGCCAACACGUUGGAGGUGUCCAAUUUGGUAGACAUUGUCAAGGCCAAGAUGAAGUCGGGUGCGAAGAGCAUUGAUUUGUUGACGCAUUUCUUGACGGAAGGCGUGCUGACGGAGCAGUACGUGCUCGAGAAUAUCGACAAGCUGCUCGAUUGCAUCCGCACGGCCAACGUGACGAUCCGAUGGACAAUCUUGCACAGCCGGAUGCAGGAAACGAUCCCGAUGAUGAACCACUCGAAGGAACAACGAAUGGUGUUUGACAAAGGCACGGACCCCGACAAGCUCGUGACGUUGCUCCUGCAAACGUCGCAACUCGAGUGGAAACUCAAACAACUUUUCGAACUGCUCCUGGCGUCGAAAGAAGAACGGUGGCAACAUUGCAUGAACGAAACGUGCGACCGCCUCACCGAGCUCAGCGAAUACUUUACCGGUGACAAACCACUGACACGAGUUGACCGCAACGAAGAUUUGAUCAAGUGGUUUGCCGACACGUCGGCCAAGGUGGCAAGUCUCGAUUACGUCGAUCACGUGAAAGCCGGCCGCCGCAUCAAACGCCUGAUUGAAGCGCUUGGCCACGUCGAGCAGUUUGACCAAAUCGAUACGUCCCUUCAAGUCAAAGCGUUCUUGUCCGAGUCCCGGGCGUACCUCACGGAAAUGGUGCGCACGGUGCGAGUGCGCCAGGAAGUGAUGGGAAUCAUCGAGUCGGUGUCAGACUUGAGCUACGCGUGGGAAGUCAUCAACGAUUUCAUGAGCAUCUUACACACGCGCGUCAAGCGCGACCCGUCCUGCGUCAUCUUGCUUCGGGCGCUCUUUCUCAAACUCGCAUCGAUACUGGACGUCCCGUUGACGCGCAUUUACCAAUGCAAGUCGUCGGACGUGAUUUCGGUCGCAGAGUAUUACUCUGGUGAAAUCGUCGACUACGUUCGCCGAGUGAUGGAGAUCAUUCCCCAGAGCGUAUUUCGCAUCUUGGCUGGCAUUAUCAAGCUCCAAACAGACCACAUGAAAGUCAUUCCUGUCAAGAUCGAAGCAAGCUUGCUCAAGAACCACGCCCAGUUGAACGAACGGUACCGGUUGGCCCGUGCCACGAACGAAGUGUCCAAGUACACGGAAGGCAUUCUCGCGAUGAAGAAGACACUUCUAGGGAUUCUCGAGGUCGAUCCGCGUCAAGUGCUAGAAGAAGGCUUGCGCAAAGAGCUCGUCUAUCGGGUAAGCCGCGCAUACCACGACAUUUUGCAAUUUCCCCCCGUCGAGUCGACCACAGCGAAAGAAUGCACGGCGAUUUUUCAACAACUCGCUGGAACCCUGCAAGCGUACCGGUUGUCGUUCGAGUAUAUCCAAGACUACGUUGGCAUCUAUGGCCUUCGCAUGUGGCACGAAGAGCUGAGCCGUGUGAUCAACUACAACGUCGAAGCCGAGUGCAACCGAUACCUCAAGAAAAAAGUGUACGACCGCACGUCGCAGUAUCAGUCGCGGGCGAUCCCGAUUCCUCGGUUUUCCCCGCCCAAAGACGACCCAAGCAUCAACUUUAUGGGGCGACUCAUGCACGCGCUGUUCUUGAUGACGGAUCCCCACGAAACCGUGUACUCGUUCCAGUGCUUGACGUGGUUUAACGAAGAAGGCGUGGAAGUGGCUGGCCUGAGCACGUUUGGUGUGCUUCACCAGAGCAUUGGGCUCUUGGGUCUCGUCGGCGUCGAUCGCAUGCUCUCCUUCCGCAUUGUGCACACGUUGAACAACUUGAUCAAGUUCUGGGGCACGGCCGUGACGCCGUACUUGCCGCUGCUGGAUCAAUUGACGGCAGCGCUCGAACCGGCGUGGCGGCUACCGGACAACGCAUCGCGGCUCUACGAAGCGUCGAUGAAAAAGGUUGAAAAAAUCAUGAGCAAAUUGCUCAAGGCCGUGUUGAUCAUCGGGCAAGCGGCGCUAUUGCGAAAGGCCAUCGUGUCGGAGCUCGCGUUUUCGUCGAAACUGGACGCGCACUUGCUCUCUUGCAGCAUCGAAACGCUGGACAAGAGCAUGCUGAACGACAUUCGAUCGCACUACCGAUCCAGUGCGUCGGUGCCCCAUCCGCCUGCCGCCGUCCUCGUCGAAUUGAACAAGUACCUGGAAACCAUGGGUGCCAACGAUCCAUACUCCAAGAUCUUUAUCACGAUGAACGAGCCGUUGGAAAAACUGUCGGCGCUCUUCCUCUUGUUUGUGCUGGCAUACAUGCCCAAGCUCCAGUAUGACUACCACUUUGGCGCGCUGAAGCGAGUGGGGACGAACCCCGUCGACGGCGCGCCGUUGAUCCUGGGGCUGUCGACGAUUUUCAAACAAUUCCACCCGAGCUACACGGAGCAGUUCGUGUCGUACAUCGGGCAAUACGUGAGAAGCACCAUCAGCGAGUCGAAAGAAACCAACCAGUUGCCCCCCCAAGUCCUGAACGUCCUCAUCUUUUUGCAGCAGUUUGCGCGGGUCACGCACUUGAAGUCGUCCAUACUCCACAGCCACAUUCCUGCGUACGUGUUUGACGCGAUGAGCGUGUAAGGAAAAUAUAACCCUGGCCAGUAUCCCCCACCCUCCCAACGCGCACUUGUCGUCGACGUGAGUGCUACUGAAAAUGGCCCGUAAAGCGAACGGGACCAAACAUCUCGGCAGUGAAAUCCAUCAAAGCAACAACAAAGGGGCAGUGCCAGAGCCACCCGUGGGAUAUUGCAUUGCCAUUCGACUGUAGGUAGAUGCGUACGUGACAUGCGUCGACAACAAUGGAGAUUUUCACAGAAGAGCCCUUCGUUGGACGACUCGCUCAAACUAGCCGUUUGCCCCUCCUG